AAAUAUUUGUAAGCUGACAGCUAUUCUGUUGACAAUUGAGAAAAAUGUAAACUGUAAACUGGUGUAUCUUAAAUACAUAAAUUAUUAUCUUGUUUGUUAAUAAAUAAGACAGUGGGCUAAUAAACUGAUCAUGGAUUUUGACAGUCCGGAUGUGGAGAAAGAUUUCCCAGGGUUAUAUGCUUCUGAAGGUGGAGACGGAAAAUCGAAAAAAAGCAAAGAGGAUAGUGAUUAUAGCGAAGGUGACCAUGAUAAAUUAAGUAAAAAGGAUUUGCUUAUCGGCAGACGGAAGGAUAAGAAGGAUAAGGGCAAAGAUCGAGGUUAUGCCGCGUUAGAGGGAGAGAGUUCUCCAGAAGAGGAUUUGGAUGCAAAAAGUCCAUCGAAGUCCAAAAAGUCGAAAACAUUCAAAUUUAGCUCUUCUAAAAGUAAGGAGAAGCGUGAAAAGUCGCGUGAUAAGGAAAAGUCGGAAAAGGAGUCGCGGGAGGAAGAAAAGCCAAAAGAAAAGGAAAAGACUGACAAGGAAAAGGAGUAUAAGAAGAAGGAUAAGGAUCGUAAGGAAAAGAAAGAAAAAUCGAAAGAUAAGGAUAAGGAUAAAGAUAAAAAGGAUAAAAAGGCUAAACAAAUAAGCAAUGCAUCUGAAGAAGUACUUGAAUUGGGAGAUGUGCAACCUGUUUUCGGGGUUUCAAUCAGCCUCGCUACAGAACGAAGCCGUUGUCAUGAUGGCGUUGAUUUGCCACUUGUGGUGCGUGAUUGCGUUGAUUACCUUCAGGAGCAUGCACUCAAAAGUGACCAAUUAUAUAAAGUGGAGCCGUUGAAGACACGCAUCCAACACUAUAAACGAUUAUAUAACAAUAGAGAACGACAACCAGAAACAGAUGAAUUGGAUAUACCAACAGCCUGCGCGUUGCUGAAAUUGUUCUUACGUGAAUUACCUGAACCAAUUUUGACUACAGAUCUGAUAUCCCGUUUUGAGGAGGCAGCAUCGAUUAACCCGCCCAGCAAACAACAGGAGGAGCUAAAACAAUUGCUUGAACUACUGCCCAGUUGCAACAGAACUCUGCUCACUUGGAUACUACUCCACUUUGAUGCCGUCAUUCAACAUAGCAAAAAUAAUAAACUAACACCUGAGUCGUUGGCAAUGCUGUUAAGUCCACCUAUGCAGAUGUCACACCGGCUGCUGGUAGCGUUGUUAUCUCAGAGUGGAGUUUUGUUUGCAAAUGUAUCUCUUAUCAAAUAUGUGCCCCCGAUAACAUCAAGUCCAAAACUCCCAGAAACUCCGGAAGAUAUUCAAGUAGAGCUACGCAAGCAGGAAAGCUUACUAGCACAAAUCCAUGCAGAAAUGAAUGCUGGUUUUGUUUCGAAGAAACGCGAAGAACAGCUAUGGGAAGUGCAACGCAUUAUUACACAACUUAAACGCAAAUUACGCAGCUUUGAGAAACGUCAGGAGAAGUCAAUUGAAGAUUCACAAAGCAGCAGUACAAGUGUCAUACCAAAUAUCAGUGGCACAACUGACUCAAAGACCCAGCAACAACUACCGUCGAGCACAGUUACAGUUACGCAACUGGAUAAUAGUUCGGUUAAACCUCUCACGAAACUCGGCUUAACAGAAGAAGAUACUCAGCAUGCCAAUAACGUUAUGCUUACUGAAUCGCCUGAACCAACAGCGGUAAAGGAUUCAUUACACCAAGAUAUUGCACAUAAUGAGAUUACACCCGCUAUACAAGAAGAACAACGCAAAAUCGCCCAAAAGGAGCAAUCGCCACUCGCCGUUGAUGGUUCACAUCCUGACGGAUUUUACAUUGAUGAAGAUUCUUCAUUUCUAAUGGUGCCUAAGUCACAUCCCGACUACUCUCAACUAAUUCGGUUACAAUUAGAAAAUCAGGAAUUGCUCGCGUGGAAGGUACAAUUACAGGCACGUAUUACUGCCGAACGAGCGGAAGUACUGCGGCUUAAACAACAACAUCAACAACAACUCGCUACAUCAGUGGCAAAGAAGAGUAAUAAUGCCAAUAAAGCCGCUGUGACUUCAGACGAUGUUCCCGGUGGCGACGUUGAAUACGAAAAAAUAAUAGAGCAUUAUAUACGCGAGAACACUUUAUUGGAACACAAAAAGCAAAUGCUCGCCAAAGAGAUAUUUGAUGAGCGGCGCGAAUGUAUUGCUAUGCAAGUAGAGUUGGAGCUACAAAAAUUUUAAGUUUAGCCAACAAUGAUCAAAUUUAGUUGAUAUGUAUGUAUAUGCUUAUAUUUGUAAGAGAAUAUGCAUUUACGCAUCUGUAUUAUGUGAAUUGCUAGGUACAUUUAUUAGUACCUAUAAAAUCUAAAUUCAAAAGUAUUUAUAUUUCCUGCUACAAGUUAAAGGUAUUCAUGCUUUUUGCUUUAAAUUUUUUUUUUCAUUUAAAGCCUUAUUAAUAAGCACGGUGAUUUUGGAGAUUUUGAAUAAAAGGUUAUCACAGCCGAUCGAAUUCUAUUCAAUAAAAUAAUAUAGUUCUAUAAAAAAAUGGAGAACAUUGCUAUUACUCAAUAAUCAACUAAAUGUAUUAUCUACAAAAAUAAAAA